AAUCAAUAUUUAUGUAAGCUCUGCAUUACUUGACAUCAUUAUAAUUCUGUUGGUCAGUGGAUAGGGAUUUAUUAAUGAUUAACCAGGGCACAUUGUAUGUUCACCGGGCAGUUCAGAAUCAGAUAUUACAUGUAUAACAGGCUUCAAAUCUUUGGAAUAAUCAAAGUUCACCAAAUAAUCCAUAGAAGUUUGAGGAAUCAACAGAACCACAAUGACAGAGUGGCAGACGAAAAUAAAAGAUUAUUUGGGCGAGGGCACCUAUGAGUGUACAUUGGAUGACAAAGUGUUGAAGAAGGCAGUUAAAGAGUUGAAUGAGGACCCCAAACAAAGAGCCUUGCAAAUAGAGGCCCUCAGAGAGUGGGUCAAAAGACAGCCACAUUUGAACAGCAGAACAGAUGACACAUUCUUGUUGCGGUUCUUACGCCAUGCCAAAUUUAGUCAACUCAAAGCACAGAAGACCCUGGACAACUUUUGGACUGUCCGGACAGUGGAGGGAAAGGGUGCCCCAGAGUGGUUUAAAAGUAUGGACCCUAAAGAUCCUAAAAAUGAAGAAAUAUUGGACCUUGGAAUGCAAAUUCCCUUACCUGGGAGAGAUGAUCAGGGGAGAAAAGUUAUUCUAGUAAGGUCAGGUGGCUAUGAUCCUUAUAAACAUGACUUUGGUGCCAUGAUGAAGACAAGCUUCAUGAUGAAUGAUAUCCUUCUCAUGGAUGAAGAGAACCAGGUCCAUGGGUUUGUUCUUCUUCAAGACUUUACAGAUUUUGGAUUAGCACAUGCAACAAAUUGGAACAGGGAAAUCAUUGGAAAGGCCAUGAAAUGUUGGCAGGAUAUGUACCCAACAAGGAACAAGGGAUCCAAUUUCUAUAACACACCAACCAUAUUCAAUGCACUUAUGGAAGUCUUCAAAUUAUUCAUGAAGGAGAAGUCAAAAAAGAGGAUGAAGUUCCACUGGAGUAGCAUAGAGUCCCUCCAUAAAGAGGUUCCCAAGCGUAUAUUACCUGACUACAUGGGAGGAGAGGCUGGGAGCCUAGAGGAACUGAAAAAAAACUGGAAAGCUGAAGUUAUGGCUAACAGAGAAGAAUUGCUGUUGAAUGGCAAAUAUGGUGUGGAUGAAUCUAAGCGACCAAAUGAAGAUGCAUCACUUGGUGGAAUGCAAGGCUCUUUCCGCAAACUUGCUGUAGACUAAUAUGAGAAAGCAUGAACUGAACAAUUGAAAUUUGAUUGUUCAGUUAGGGCAAUGAAUAGCAGUGCAAUAUUGUGAUAUUUAUACAACAUUGAUCAUGCUUUGAACUCAAGAUGAAACUUUUGACAUAUGGGAAAGGGGAUUGCGAGUGACCAUGGAUAUAAGAGGUGUAUUCAUCUUUCUCGCAGUGUUCUUGUAUACACUAUGUCACAACGUUGCAUUUAAAAUUAAAUUAGUAACUGGAUUAAUUGCAAACAAUUAUUGAAGAUGGCCAUUCUUGCAAAUAUGGUGACUGAUGAUCUAUAGGCUUUCAGGCUAUUGCCAUAGUAAUGCCAUAGUAAUGCCAUAGUAGGCUAUUGCCAUAGUAACGCUAUGAAAGAAAAUAGCAGAUUAAGACAUUUAGAGGCAUAAAUGUGUAGCUACAAGUGGAUUUAGUUCAACUAUGAAUUAAAUUAA